CACAGAAUCAAAUAUAAAAUGCUUUACAUUCAAACUGUUCACAAACGUCAAGGGAUUCUGCACGGAUGACGCGCGCAUGCGCAGAUCACAUUUCUCCUGAGCAAGACCAGUGCUGUUCUCAGAUGAGUCUUGCCAUGAGUGCCAAAGACCUGAAUAUUUUGCCAAAUACUGAAGAUGUUUCAGAUGAAAACAGCGCCUCUCACACUCACAAUGACAAUUUUUCGCAAAGGCAGAAACAUCAGGAUACUACCACAAUCAUGUUACCAGCCAUAGCUCAUCCUCUGCAAAAAGCAGAGUUGCCUCAAAAUGCGAUGAAGGCUAUUAAAGGCAGUGGAGUCAGUGAACUAGAUGCCUCAUCAUUGCCUUCUCAAGUCGGAGGGACCAUUGUGCACGUUCUGGGCUGGAAAGAGGGAAUGGCCAUCAUACCUGCAAGCAACCUGAAAUUAUGUGUUGGUGAUAGUGCAUCACUGGAAGUAAUAAGCGAAAGGAAAACCAUCUCUUCUAACCAGAUGUCAGCAGAAUCCCAAACAAAAUCAGCUAAUUUUAGAUUAAAAAAAGAUGAAAAAUCAGUUGUAAUUUCAGAUGUGUCAGCUGAUGGGAAGGACAUGUCUGCUGCUUCUGUAGUGGCAGAGAGACUACAAAGAGCACACAUGGAAGUUCGGGAUAGUCUGCUUAAUCACAAGUGUGGGACAUCAGCCAAACAGAGCUACCCAGAGCUGCUAGGGAAAGAGCAAGUGUCUGAAAAUCCUGCUGGUGUUGAGAGUUUUACAGAAGCUCUACUGACCUCUCAUGAUCAUGAAAUGUUGAAGCCCAUGAAGAAGAGGAAGAGGAGGGAAUACAACAGCCUAUCAGAUGAAGACUCUGAUAAUGAACCAAUGGAGGAGAACUUUGAAACUUCAAAACUUGAUGGAAGAUCCAAUAAAGGUACAGAAGAAGCUAAACUUGAGUCAUGGUCCUGGCCACAGUAUCUAGAAGAACAGAAAGCUAUUGCUGCUCCAGUCCAACUCUUUCAAGAGACACAGAGGGUUCCCAUUAUUAAAAACAACUUCAGACAGGGCAUGAAGUUAGAAGGCAUUGACCCGCAGCAUCCCUCAAUGUAUUUCGUCUUAACAGUGGCUGAGGUUUGUGGUUUUAGAUUACGUCUUCAUUUUGAUGGGUAUUCGGACUGCCAUGACUUCUGGGUAAAUGCCAGCUGUCCUAAUAUUCAUCCUGCUGGAUGGUGUGAGAGCACAGGUCACAAAUUAUAUACGCCAAAAGGAUGUAAAGAGGAAGAGUUUUCUUGGUUGAACUAUCUUAAAAUCACCAGAUCACAGGCUGCCCCAAAAGAAGUGUUUUCCAGCACAAUAACAACAGAAACAGAUUGUGGAUUUGAGGUGGGGAUGAAGUUGGAGGCUGUUGACCGCAUGAAUCCCUCUCUCAUCUGCGUUGCCACAGUAACAGAUAAAGUAGGCAACCGUUUUCUGGUUCAUUUUGAUAACUGGGAUGACACUUACGACUACUGGUGUGAUGCUCACAGCCCAUACAUUCAUCCCAUUGGCUGGUGUCAGGAAAGGGGCCUCCCCCUCACGCCUCCACAAGAUUACCCUGACGCUGAUAGAUUCUCCUGGGAGAGAUAUUUGGAAGAGACAGGCUCAACAGCAGUCGCCACUGAAGCAUUUAAAGUGCGUCCUCCUCAUGGCUUCCAGGUGCAGAUGAAGUUGGAGGCAGUGGAUAAGCGAUGUCCAGGGAUCAUCCGUGUAGCUACGGUUCAAGAGGUGGACACUUACAGAAUUAAGAUUCAUUUUGAUGGCUGGAGCCAGUUGUAUGAUGAGUGGGUGGAUUCGGACCACCCGGACAUCCACCCAGCUGGGUGGUGUGACAGCACAGGACAUCCCCUCAAAUAUCCACCUUGUGAACCAAUUGCCCAGAAACAUGGUCCCAGAGAGAACCUGGCAGCCCGACAGCCAAACUUCUCCAUGUCCUGUAAAAGCCUUCCUCAACCACGCAACCCCUCCAAAUACAGCUUUCAUCACAGAAAGUGUCCUACUCCAGGAUGUGAUGGGUCUGGUCAUGUGACCGGGCGUUUUACUGCUCAUCAUUGUUUAUCCGGCUGUCCAUUGGCUGAGAGAAACCAGGGCCGACUCAAGGCAGAUCUCUCUGACACAGAAGGAUCCAAACGUACCUUCCUUGUCUUUGGGCAGAGAGGAAAAAAAUCACGAUACCAUGGCAGGAUUGGCCGCCCUCCUAAAUAUCGUAAAAGUCAGCAAAGAAACUGUCAGAAUAUGACGUCAGAAGCCAUGUACCCCUCUCUCUUCAUGACGGCAUUCGCGGCAAAUGCGGACCGGACUCUUUCGCUCUGCUGGGAGCAGCAUUGUAAGUUACUGCCUGGUGUUGCAGGAAUUCAUGCAACUCAAGUAGCUACCUGGACUAUAGAAGAGGUAUUUGGCUUUGUCAAUAAUCUCAUUGGUUGCGAGGAGCAGGCCAACAUUUUUAAAGAUGAAAUGAUCGAUGGAGAAGCAUUUCUUUUGCUGACUCAAAAUGAUAUUGUAAAGAUCUUGAAUAUAAAGCUGGGACCCGCUCUGAAAAUUCACAAUGCUAUUUUAAUGUUUAAGAGUACAGAUGAAAGCCUAAAGUGAGCGCUAGUGAUCAUCAACAACCUUAUUUUGCUUUAUUGAUUCAUUUAAAAUCUACCAUCCAUCACAUGUUUGGUGUAUACUUGUCAGUCUAAACCAGAGAGAGAGAGAGC